CGGUCGCCUGAGGCUAUGGCGGCGGCAGCUGCCGGCGGCGGGGUUCCCAGCUCGGCGGCCGCUGCUGCGGUUGCUGCGGCUGCUGCUGCCGGGGGCUGGCGGCUUCCUGGGCGGGUGCUGGAAUUCGUCUUCUCUUACCUGGAGCUGCGAGAGCUGCGGAGCUGCGCGCUGGUGUGUAAGCUGUGGUACCGCGUCCUGCACGGCGACGAGAACAGCGAGGUGUGGCGCAGCCUGGCUGGUCGCAGCCUGGCCGAGGAGGCGCUGCGCACCGACAUCCUCUGCAACGUGCCCACCUACAAGGGCAAGGUACGUGCCUUUCAGCAUGCUUUCAGCACCAAUGAUUGUUCUAGGAAUGUCUACAUUAAGAAGAAUGGAUUUACUUUGCACCGGAAUCCCAUUGCUCAGAGUACAGAUGGAGCAAGGACCAAGAUUGGCUUCAGUGAAGGCCGUCAUGCUUGGGAAGUCUGGUGGGAAGGUCCUCUUGGCACAGUGGCAGUAAUUGGAAUUGCUACAAAACGUGCUCCCAUGCAGUGUCAGGGCUAUGUGGCACUCCUAGGAAGUGAUGACCAGAGCUGGGGCUGGAAUUUGGUGGACAAUAACUUGUUACAUAAUGGAGAAGUCAAUGGAAGCUUUCCCCAGUGCAAUAAUGCCCCAAAAUAUCAAAUAGGUGAGAGAAUUCGUGUCAUCCUGGACAUGGAAGACAAGACAUUGGCUUUUGAGCGAGGCUAUGAGUUCCUAGGAGUUGCUUUCCGGGGACUGCCAAAGACAUGUCUGUAUCCAGCAGUGUCUGCUGUGUAUGGCAACACUGAGGUGACAUUAGUUUAUUUGGGAAAACCUUUAGAUGGAUGACACUUUUGUUUUUUAACUGGGACAUGAAAAUCAAGUUGACAAUAUGGAAAGACCUGCAUGUUGGUUAAUAGGAAAGCAUGAGCGAAAUGUGUCUAAGUAACAUCCAGGAAAACCAAAACUUGGGAUCUAGAAGACCAGCUGUACUGAAGAGAGUACAUUAACAUUUCCUUUUUCUGCCGGACCAGAAAAAUCCUCAGGGGGUUGCAGUUGAUUGAAUGGGCAGUUAAUCACAUGCAUGUUGCAUAAGACUUUGUUGCAAAGGUGGCAAUGUGGAAUUUUGUACAUAUUUAAGGAAAUGUUUAAUAGAAAUCGUUGAGGAAGUUACCUGAGAUGUGUGUGUAGUGUGUUUUGUGGGAAAGAUUUCCAUUCUUAAAAUUGUUUGUUCCCUUCCUGCCUCUGAUCCAGUGUGUUUCACCAAAGGUAACAAACUGGUUGCAUUUUAUUUAAUAUAUUUUAAAUGUACUGAAAAGCAUAGUCUCAAAACAGCAGUUUUCCAGAGUUAAAUAUUGUGCAGCUACACUGAAGUGUAUUUUAAAGACUGUUUCUACAUAUCACUUAAAAAUUAGAGCAAAAGCAACCAUUUAUUUUGUUCUAUCUGGAAUGUAAAUUCUUAAACAACCCCCUCCCCCUUACUACAUGUCAAUUGCCAGCUUCUUUCUAGGAGGUAAAUAACAUAUACAAGUGCAUUUCUUUUGUUCUGUUGUACAACAUCUCUUGUGACAGAAUUUGCUACGUAUGCUUAUUGUAAAAUGGCUGCGAUUGAUAGCUAGAAGUGUGUGAGUGUUUAAGGGUAAAGUCCUUUUCCAAUACAAAUGUUUUGAAAUUUUAGUUUUCCAAAGUACCACCCAAAUAUUUACUGUUUUAAAAAUCCAUGGAAGAAUUUAUUUUAAAAUAUUUAAACCAUUACUUUAAAUAAAUUGAAGUUUAAACAGGAAUCAAAUUUUUAAGCCCAGGUUUCAGGUAUGGGGUCUGCUCUUUGGUUGUAUGAAAACUUACUGUGUAUGCUGAGAAAUCUUUCUGUAGAGCUAAUGAGUUGUGUAAAAAGGAAGCAUUACAGAUUAGGAUGUAGCUGUCUUUCCCCAAGGCAAUUUUCUAAUGUUCUUGAACUCUGCUAUUCUUUGACAUUGUUCCUGCACAGCUUAUAUGUCUUAACCUUGUAAAUCCAUAAGCCAACUUUUUGCUACUAUAAUGUUGUUUUGUUCUGCCUUAUAUAUCUAUUUAUUUCAGGGUAAGUAAUAAAACACUUUCAGUCCAAUCCUCUGAAUUUUUUUUAGUAGUAAGUCCCACUGCAUUCAAUGGGGCUUACUCCCAGGGGACUAUGCAUAGGAUUGUGUCUUUGAAAAGAAAAGAGGUGUUGUUUACAUUCUUUACUACAUAGUUUCUAUUGUGCAGUCUUGCAGGCAUCUGAUAAUUCCUUAGGUGUACUAAAGAGAACAAUUCUCUUAAGGAUUUUUAUUCUAAUUUAAACUGGAGAAAGCUGGCUCCAUUCUGUGAGUGCUGCUAAACACCAUGUUUGUAUUUUUUUUAGUAAUAGAUGUUUAACCUGCAUAAAAGACUUAAAAUAGUAACUCUUAAGCUAGUGUCUUUAGCGUCAAUACACAGUGGCUACAGUGCUCAUGCUGUCACCUUCCCAGCAACCUAACUGCCUUGUUGUAAGUUUAGUCAUCUUGUCUUAAUAGUGCAAUCCUUUACAUGCCUACUCAGAAGUAAGUUCUAUUAAUUUUAAUGAGACUUAUACCCAGGUAUAUGUUUAUAGGAUUGCAGCUGAAAACAUCUAGCUUGAAUAUUGUUUCCAAAGUUUCGCUGCUGCCUCCUUGUAGUUGCUGCAGAAGAAAAUCAUGGUUGAUGAUUGGAUUUGGACUGUGAAUCAACUGUCUACCCGCAAUUUUUGGUUGAUGGCAUGGGACAGCUGCUAAGAAUCUGAGGGAGAAAGGGGAGUUUCAGAAAAAGUGGGAGUGACUUUGCUGAGAGAGUAAAAUGCCUUCAUGUUCUCAACUGGUCAGAAUUUACUCAUUCCCAGGCCUUCACUUCCAUGCUCGGAUACUACAAAACUACAUUUGGGGGAUGCAUGUUUUUAAAUAUUUGUUCUGUGUGUCAUAUGUCACUUAAUAGGACAAGUUCAUUCAUCGUCUGUUUCUAAAACAAAGUCAAAACAAAGCAAAUGAAUACUGUUCAACAUAUGGUACUAAGAAGUAGUGAGUGAAUUGGGAAAGAUGGGUGAUUUCCAGAUAAAAUGUUAACUAUAUACAAUGCUAUAAAAUAUAUCACUACAAAGAUCCUAUGGCAUGAGCUGAAAUAAAAGAAAAGCUUUUGUUUGAUUAAUAUAGUCUCCCUAUGCAGUCUUGGAUGGUUUAUCCUCUGCACUUAUUUAUGGACUUCAAGUAGAGAGAGCUGAUCCUAAGAACUGUACCAGGGAAUUUUAUUAGGUUUUAUUUCCAUUUAUAUAGGAUGUGCUGCCAUCUUUUCCCAUACAUGUGGCAUAGCAUUCUGCUUUUGCCAUUGAUUCAUAAUUCCUUUGGGCACAAGGGACAUUUAUGUAUAUAAACCUCUUAUAACUUAUUACCUGAAGACCAACUACAAGAUGUACAAAAUACUGAAAUAAAUUAC